AUGAAGGCAGGUGCAGGAAAGAUCCUGGAAGUAUUGGAGCCUUUACAGCUGGAUCCAGCUUUGUGUGUUGGAUUUGAGUUUGACGGAGCAUCGGUUAUGUCGGGCAAUAAAGGAGCUUUACCCAGAGCUACAGUGAGAGUAACACCAGACAGAUCUGUGUUCACUGGAGAGACAGUCACUCUGAAGUGUGAGAUAGAGGAUCAGUACAGAUCAUUAAACUGGAGAUAUCUGUGGUAUAAAGACACAACUUGGACUUCAGUGUUUGAGGGAAACAUCUUGAUCAUUAGGGCACCAUCAGAUCAGGAUAAAUUCUGGUGUAAAGGAGAGAGAGAUGGACGACCCUCAUCCUCACAGUACAGUGAUCAUGUGACUCUCUCUGUUAAAGGAUUAAAACCUGAUCUCACAUCAGAUACUGAAGGAUCUGUACUGACAGGUAACACAGUGACUCUGAAGUGUCACAUUGAUCAUUGGUCUACUGGAUGGAAGUUUUACUGGUACAAACACACACAAAACAUAGAGAAGACGACAACAGAAGCAAACUCUUACACAAUCCACAGUUUUAGAGUUUCAGAUGGAGGUCAGUACUGGUGUAGAGCUGGAAGAGGAAAACCAGACUAUUACACAGACUACAGUGAUGGACUGUGGAUAAAUGUUAAAGAGAGUCCUAAACCUGUAGUGAGCGUUGAUCCUGACAAACAGCUGUUCAGAGGAGAAACUGUUACUCUGAGAUGUGACAUACAGGAUACAGGAGACACUGAGUGGACAUACAGCUGGACUGUAGAGAAGACAAAUUACCAGUAUACAUUCAACCGAUGCAACAAAUUACAAGAGUGUAAAAUCAACAACAUUCAACCAUAUAACAGCGGUAAAUACACCUGUAGAGGAAAGAUACGUGAACAAAACACUGAGAUGAGUGAUGCUGUUACACUGAAUGUAUCAUCAGAUAAACCACAGACAGUUUUAAGUGUUUCUCCAGACCGGUGGUUGACUGAAGGAGAUUCAGUGACUCUGAUGUGUGAGGUUAUAAGUUCAUCUACAGGCUGGACAAUCAGCUGGUUCGCUGAUACUCUGGUGUUAGUCAGUAGUGGAGGAUCUAAAGGCAUCUACACAGUGAGUUCAGUGACUGUGAAGCACACAGGAGUUUAUAUGUGCAGAGCAGAGAGAGGAGAUCCAGUCUAUCACACAGAGUACAGUAACACACAAACACUGCGGAUCACUGGUGUUCCUCCUUCAGUCUCUCUGAUCAUCAGACCCAACAGAUCUCAACACUUCUCAUCUGAAUCUCUCUCUCUGAGCUGUGAGGAUCACAGUAACUCUACUGGAUGGACAGUUAGAAGAUACACAGACAAACUGAAACCUUGUUCAUCAUCAGACUGGAGAUCUACAUGUACAAUCAGAUCUCUCAUCACAUCUGAUACUGGAGUGUACUGGUGUCAGUCUGAAUCUGGAGAGAAACUUCAUCCUGUUAAUAUCUCAGUACACAAUGUUGAUGUGAUUCUGGACAGUCCUGUUCAUCCUGUGACUGAAGGAGAUCCUCUGACUCUGUGCUGUUUAUAUCGAGAUAAAAAACCCUCUAAGAUGAGAGCUACAUUUUAUAAAGAUGGAUCAGUGGUGCAGAGUCAGACUACAGCAGACAUGAUGAUCAUCCCUACAGUCUCAAAGUCACAUGAGGGUUUCUACUACUGUAAACACCCAGAGAGAGGAGAGUCUCCAAAGAGCUGGAUCUCAGUCAGAGCCUCAGGAUCUUCAUCUCUUGGUCUUACUGUUGGUCUGUGUCUUGGACUGAGCGUCAUGUUUUUGAUAUUUUUCUUGGUGUGGUGCUAUAAAAACAAAAAACUCUCUCAGUCUCCCUCAGCUGUCAGUCAACAGCAGAACAUCAGUCAGACAUCAGAUCAAACACACUCCACUGCAGACACUCCACUGCAGACUGACAAUGUAAGCGAAUCAGUUGAUCUCAACUAUGCUAAUAUUGAACUGGAACCUAAGAAAGAAAUGGAGACAAGAGAGAAAGAAAAGAAAGGAAUUAACAGUGAAAGGGAAGGCACUGUAUACUCUAAACUGAAGAAGAGCAGAGAUCAAGAUGUUGCUUGA